AUGUUGUCGGCGAGCUUCAACCGCCUGGUGGAGGCCGCCAUCGUGCCGUUCGCCGAGGUGCUCACGCUCGCAGCCUUCGGCUAUCUUCUCGCGCUGCCCAGCGUCAGCGUGCUCACCGACAAAGCCAGGCGCCUGCUCGGCAAGCUCGUCUUCGCGCUCUUCCUGCCAUGCCUCAUCUUCGCUUAUCUGGGAGAUACGUUGACGCUGGAGCGGAUGCUUCUCUGGUGGUUCAUCCCCGUUAACGUCAUCGUCGCUGCCGUUUCUGGUUGCUUCAUGGGCCUGCUGGUCGUCGCGUUUGCCCGGCCGCCGCCCCGGUUUUACCGCCUGACGAUUGUCAUGACAGGGAUUGGCAACAUCGGCAACAUUCCCCUCGCUAUUGUCAACUCCAUUUGCAGGCGGAAGGUGGACAACCCGUUCGGAUCUCCGGCGGAAUGCCAUCACCACGGCGUCGCGUAUAUCUCGUUCGCUCAGUGGGUGGGAGCGUUCAUCAUCUAUACCUUCGUCUACCACAUGCUGGAGCCACCGGAAGAGUUUUACGAGAUCGUGGCUCCUGAUACCGUCCCCGGUUCUGCCGCCGUUCUCGCUGACGACUCCCUUUCGCCCCCCCUUUCUCCAAGCGCCUCUCUGCCGAUCCUUGCUUCUGGGUCGUCAGCAACCAGUCCUUCUCUCGAACCUCAACCCGGUGGGAUCUUGCCAUCCGUGAAGAACCUUCUUCCAGGCUCCUGGUUCCAGUCGCAGCACCGCAGCUCGUUUCUACGGAAGCAGGAGCACGAGCACUACCAGCGGCUGAUCACGUCGCCCACUCAGUCCAGCCGUCAGCUGCUCGAGACGGAGUUCCCUAGCCUGCUGGAGGUGACUGCUCGCGCGCCACAGAUGAAAGAGCCACUGCUGGCGCGUCUCUUCAGAAGCCUCUCCAUAUCAAAAGCUGAGAGAUCUGUGGGUGGCGUCGUUAAGGACCAGGCUGUGGCUAAAGCUGCUGUCGAUGCUCAUGCUGCUGCUUCUACUGCUGCAAUGAACGGCCGUGUAAACGGUUGUGAGGACCGGCAGGGAGGGGUGAAUGGGGAGAGGAUUGAUGGGCAGCAGCGGGGGAGGGAGAGUGCGGUUCUGGAUGCAAUGGAGAGGAACGCAGCAGGCGAGGAAGGAGAUAUGGGUGGUAGCAGCGCAAGAGUGUCAUGGGAGGCGGGGUCGGCCAACCCACACGCUGUGGGGUGCUCUUGUGUGUGUGGCGACUGCAAGGAGAAGUUCUGUGUGGGUGGGGCUGAUAGCAGCUCAGCCAGACGGAGCAGCAGGGGCAUGGAUGCGGCGGGUGGUAUAGUUGCUGAUGCCUGCACGUGCGGUAUAACUGUAGAUCCGUGUACAAGCGCAGGGUCAGGCUCAGGCAGAGGGUCAGAUGCAGGCAGAAGCAGGGCCAGCACAGGGAGCAGCAGGAGGAGCUCAGUGACGCAGAGCAGCUGCGAGGAGGAGGACGAUAGCACAGUGGAGCACAAGGAGCAGCAUGGUGUUGCUACUGCUGCUGAGAAUAAUCCUGCUGCUCCGGGCGGUCUUGACCAUGAGGAGGAGGUGGGGGAGGACGAGGAGGAGUAUGAGGACGACCGUGACUUGGAGUGUGUGCCGUGUCUGCAGGAGCCCCAGGUGGUGCGUAAGAUGCGUGUUGUGGCAGAGCGCACACCCAUCCGCCACCUCAUGCAGCCGCCCGUCAUCGCCUCUCUCCUCGCCAUCCUCGUCGGCGCUACCCCCCACCUUAAAGCCCUGUUGUUCGGCCCCUCCGCUCCCUUCCUCUUUGUUGUUGACAGCCUGACUAUCCUCUCCGGUGCUAUGAUUCCCUGUAUCAUGCUGGUGCUUGGAGGCAACAUGAUUAGUGGUCCGGGGGGAGGGUCGGGACUGGGAGUGCGGACAACAGCAGCUAUCAGUGUGGUGCGACUGCUGGUGUCUCCGGUGGGCCCAUAUUCCUCAUUGCCUCUCUCCCCCCCCCUCCCAUUUCCCUCCCUGCUGCUGCAACUACGCUGUGUCCUCCCAUGUUACCCCGUCCGCCAUCCAUAUACCCAGCUGGACUUCCGUGAGCCAAGUCACCUCCGCCUGCUGCCCAAAUACCACCUCCCCCAAGUCCCGCCUGUACAUAUCCAGCCUCCUCAAAUCCUGCCCGGAUUAACUCCUCCUGCCCGUUCCAUGAUGCGCCCAACCCCAUCUGCCCCUGCCCCGAGUGCCCUCGUCCCCCUCUCAUCUCCCCCAUCCGCCAAUCUCCUGUUUCCCCCUGCACCCGUGGCCUCCCCCAUCCCGCUUCUCCGAGCAUCACCUGCCCGCCUAAUCCACCCAUAUCCCCACCGAUCCCCACCUGCCUGA